AUGAUGACCAUCGAUGAUGACGAUGACGACUCGCUGGACUUUGACAUUUCCAUUUCAGGGCCGUCUUACGUCGGAGAUGUUGUGACGAUUGAGAGUAUUGAGCAUGAACGAACAUAUUUAUUUCAAAGAGGAAUUGCCUGUUGUGCCGUAUGGUCAUUUGUAUUUGUUAUAUUCAUAACAGUAAUUCUGCUUGUGUCGAAUGUUAAGAUAUCAACAGGCUAA